AUGCUCCAGACGACGAGUACUACAACGACAACCAAGCAAGUACCAACAACCCCUGGACACCCAUUCAUGGAAACUAACAAAACCAGGGACAAAGAGAACGCAAUAAAACCUGCAGUUAAAACUGAUGAUUUCCAAUUAAUCUUUGGAAUCGUCGCCCCGUUGCUGGCAAUUAUUCUCCUGAUUCUAGUUGUGAUAAUAUACAGAAGGCUAAAAGUGGUGAAGACGAAGGCGGUAUUAGCAAAAGAUGCAGCCGUACAGACGCCCACCACCCGGCGUGUGGAGAACGUACACCGCGGUGAUCCAAACGGCUUGGGGUCGAUUCAUGAUUCCGAGAACUUGCACCCUACCAUUCAGGAAGGAUACAGUCACGUGGCCGAUGAAGUUCCGUUUCCGGAAGCAGCCAAGAUGCACGGAGGUUACAGCUACGGCGGCUCUGCUGCCUAUGCGGAGGUCGAGGAGAGCGAGGCCGACAACCUAAAACCACUUGCAGACAAAUUCAAAUUCCACAUCGCUCGCUCCCUGCCAGCACUGCCUGGCAGGAAAUCGCCGUAUUUCAGCGAAGAAGGGACCACGAAAUCCAGAGGUUCCGGGAGUCGAGCAUCGGUCAGCAGUCAAAGCGAUUACCAAAAAGGGAUCUAUGAAGAGAUUGCCGAAAAUUUCAUCAUUAAUACAAAUCCUUCUUCAGGACCGAGCUCAGUGGGGACGGAUUCUGGAAUCGAGUCGGAAGAAAGAAACGGUGCUGCAACCCAACACGAUCCGAUUGCAUCUACGUCGUCAGGACCAGCAGCAACAAAUUCUACUUCAAGAAACAGCUUCAGUCGGGGAAACACGCAGAUUGACCCUUCAGAUCCGAAAUAUUACAGUAUACAGAUGGUGAAUGUGCGAAAGUCUUCCAGAGAUUAUAGCAGCGGGCGGGACAACCGAAAUCAAUCACCCGAGGACGACGUCUUAGUAUUGUUAGACAAUGUGAUAUACGAGCCUUUCUAUCACACAACUGAAUGA